GUCGGAAUUUCGACCUGAUUUGUUUUUUAUAAGAUAGCUCUUGACUAGACUAACAACUUUUAUUCAGUAGAAAAUCUCUAGGAUUGAUAGUUUUCGAGAAAAAAAAUAUUGUUUAUUUUUUUGUAUGGAACAAAAUACAUUUUUUUUUCUAGAGUUGGGCUCAUUUGGCGCGGGUUUCGCGUUCAUAGGGUGUUAGACCAAUAUGUUCUGUACCAAAAACUAAUUUUACCUUCUGCCGCCACCUGCCGCCCCGCGAAUAAAGAGUGAUUGAAAAUCUCGAAAUUAAUUGCCGAUAUUUCGUAAACUACUUGCCUUAGCUGAAUUAUUUUUAUGGGUUUGCUAUGUAUUACAUUUUAGACAACUACUAAGUUCGUAAAAAGCAGCAAAAAUAAUAAAAUUGAAACUUUUAUUUUUUUUAAUAUGAUAGCUGACGAGUUUCAGAAACUAAGGGAAAUAGAUGCAAAUCGGUAAAGUAUAUCCUUAAACCUUUCAAAAGGUUAGUCAAAACAACAAAAACACGCAUACUUAUGCAUGCACCCUUUGAAGAUAAACAAACAAAUGAGUCAUCAUUAUACUUUGCUCCGAUUGGCUGUAUUAGCUCAGGUAGCUCGGGCGCCGGGCGUACCGUCACGUAAUGAGGUUCUAAUCAUGUGUAUUAAUAUCACACACCUAAUUGUUUGACCCCAUUCUGUUCUUGAACCUUAACUGUGAAAGGAUAUAGAAGUUACUAUUUGCAAUGGCUGGUUUUGGAAGUUAUUUAGAUUUUUUCCUUAUUUUAAGGGAAAGUGAUGAUUUAAAAGAUUACGAUCUUUUACUAAAUAAAAUAGUGUCAAAGAUACCAAACGAAAUAUCUGAAGGUGAUCGUUUAAAAAUUCGGGAAUUUUCCCGAGAAUUCACGAAGCGUUUAACUAAAAAGUGGAUUGAAGCAAACAGGUAUGAAAAAACAUUUAUGAAUCGGGAAGGAAAUCGCAAGUGGUUGGGAUCAACAAUUAAAUGGCCAAUGUGUGACACAUGUGACCUAAAUGCUAUUAUGGCUAUUCCUGGGGAAACACCUGAUGAAGACACGGAGAAUACGACUGCUGAGUUACCGAUCGAAUCUGUCAGCACUACAGACGCAUCGACUUCGACUAGACAAGAGAAAAGGGUGCCAUUUACAGAUUUAAGUAACAAGCAAAAGAAAAGACGGUCGAGCUCCUUUGUGGCUGAAAAUACCGAAGAAGAACUUCAGUAUUAUUAUAUAUCAAAGUUAAAGGAAAAUGGGAAAUCGGCUUUGGCAAAAAUUAUAGAGCAUCUUAGCAAUCACACUGAUUCAUUGGAAGAAGUAUCAAAGUUAAUAUUUAAAAAAGCGGAUAACCAAAAGCCCUUUUGUGAAGAUAAAUCUUUAGCGCUCAGCACAUCGCUUGAUCUAUCAAAAUGGAAAUAUCUGGUGCUAAGGAAGCUUCUUUUGGAUGAAGGCUCUACUUCGCUGCCAUCUUACCAGAAGCUUCUUGAGGCUAAAAAACGGUGUUACCCAUCUGAAGAACACGUGGAAGUGACAGAAACAGGUGCUCGCAUCAGGUUACAAGGACUAUUGGACCACACAAUCAAAAGGAUUAUGCAAGACAUGGGACCUAUCAGAGCUUCUUCGGAGCUAAAAUUGACAUGGAAGUGGGGCCUUGAUGGAUCAUCUUCUCAGAGCCAAUAUAAACAGAAAUCAUCGAAUCUCGAAUUUGAUGAUUCGGCUCUUGUGAUGACAAGCAUAGUGCCUCUGCGAUUGGUUGACUCUGCAGGGAUGACUAUCUGGGAAAACCCAAAUCCUUCGUCUACGUUUUAUUGCAGACCUGUGAAGUUCACGUUUAUUUCCGAAACUGCCUCAAUUAUAAAGACAGAGCACUUAGAAAUGGAGCGCGAAAUUUCAGAAUUGGUACCAACGCAGUGUGGUUCUGUGGACAUCGUUCAUGAACUGCAUAUGACGAUGAUAGAUGGGAAAGUGGCAAAUGUCAUCGCUGACGUCCCUUCGGCAGCAACGUGUCCCAUUUGUCUGGCAAAACCAAGCGAGAUGAACAAUUUGGGACUUUUAGCCAUGAAACCUAUUCGCGAUGAUUUGUGCCGCUACGGAAUUUCGUCGCUACAUAUGAAAAUAAGAUCUAUGGAGUGUCUACUUCAUAUAUCUUAUAAUAUGGAUUUUCAACGCUGGAGUGCACGAGGGGAGCACAAAGCAUUGAAAGAGGCGAAGAAAAAUGCCACGCAGCAAGAGUUUCGUGAAGAGACGGGACUCCUUAUAGAUAUUGUUAAACAGGGUUUUGGAACAACAAAUGACGGAAAUACUGCAAGGCGCUUCUUCCAAGACUACAAAAGAUCAUCCAGAAUAACCGGGAUUGAUGAAAAUUUAAUUCUACGGUUUGCUGUUAUUUUACAAGUAAUAGCUUCAGAAAAGAAGAUCAAUAUUGAGAAGUUCAGAAGCUAUUGCAAAGAAACGGCAGAAUUAUUUGUACAUUUGUAUCCAUGGUACUAUAUGCCAGCAAGUGUAUAUAAACUGCUGCUGCAUGGAGCAGAAAUAUGCAGUCACUUUGGACUUCUACCAAUUGGAACCUUAUCAGAAGAAGCCUCGGAAGCUCGCAACAAAGAUUUCAGAAAUGUGAGAGAAAAACACACGAGGAAAAAAGGAAGAAUCGUUGCAAACGAGGACAUUCUCUACGGACUUUUAAUAAGUUCAGACCCGCACAUUUCCCGAAUAAGGCCGAAAUUUUCAAAGGAAACUCAUCAGUCAUUAUAUGAUGAUGCUGUUAAUUUGCUUCAUUUUGAGGACCCUGACUUUGAAGAAGAGGAAUGCUCUCAAGCAGAACCUGAAGACAUUUCUGAUCCACUGGAAUAA